AUGAUUGAGCCAGAAGAUGUAUCCAGGAAAAUCACUGCAUGGGUAUGGAGCCAACUGGGAUUAGCAAUUCUUUCUGGAAUUAGUACGACCGAAUUUUUGAUAGUGUUGACUGGUGGAUUCCGAAGUCUUGAGAGAGAUCCAAGUGACAUGCGAGAAUUAAACACAGAAAGAACUGAUAGUGAUCUGAUCAUAGAAUGCAAUAUCUGUCUCGUGGAAUUCUCGGCCUCCAGAAUCCCUAGAAUCCUGAAAAACUGUAAGCACACAAUUUGUGAGCACUGUGCGGAUAGAACUAUAAGGAACAAAAAAAUAACAUGUCCAAUGUGUCAAACUGUAACAGAGGUUGAUGGGAGCAGCUCGAUGCUUACCAAGAAUCAUGCUGUGUUGGAAUUUGUUGAAGGAAUUAAGAUGGAAUGA